AUGCCUGCACCCUCGUACUUGACGUGCCUGCGGUGCCUGCGCCGAGUCACGCGCUGUGAGCUCCCGGCAAUGGCGGGCGCGGAGCGGAGCGGCGGUUGGACCUCCUGCGCGGAGCAGGCAGCAACCACCUGGGCGCGGAAAGUGUCGAAGCCCGCGCUCGCGAGGAUGACGGCGACGGCGGUGACGGCGAUCGCGACGAAGCGGGACCCUCGCGGCCGCGACCGCGGUCCAGACGGGGCGGUCUGCGCGUGGCUCCGGCCUCCGGUGGCUGCCCUCGGCUCGGUCGCCCGGUCGCUGCGCCGCUGCGCCCUUCCUGACAGCGUCCGGAGCAGCGGCAGCGGCAGACCAGAGCAUCGGUUGGUGUUCGCCCGGGACCGGUGGAUCACGGGCCUCGACCUGGAGGGCUUCGGCAGGGAGAUGGAGGAGCUCGGCAGGCAGCUCCGGGCCCAGCAGGGGGAGGAGGACCUGGCGCACCUGCACCGGGUGGUGCUGUGGAGCGACGCGUGCUUCGCGGCCGGCUUGGCGACGAUGUGGCUGGAACCGAACCCCGUGACCGCGUUGUUCUUCUGCCUGUGGUCGCACAGCCGGUGGACCAUGAUUGCGCACCAUAGUUUGCACGGCGGCUACAACAAGCUGGAUUCCACGCGUCAGUACAGCAGCAGCAGGUUCGGGAGAGGGAGCCUCUCGAGAAGAGCGCUCGACUGGUUCGACUGGAUGCUGCCGGAGGCUUGGAGCGUGUACCACAACCAGGUCCACCAUUACAGGGUCAACGAGCGCGCGGACCCGGACCUCUUCGAGGACUACGUGAGUACGUGGAAGUUGCCCAAGGAGUUCAUGACGAUCUUGUCGAUGCUGGUGUUCAAGUGGGCCUUCGCGGCGCCCAACUCGUACAAGGACCUGAAGUUGACCGAGAUGCGCAAGUCCGGUCGGCUGCCUCCCAGAGGAUUCGACCCUGGGAUGACGAUGACCAUAUACCAGGUCUACAGGCUAGAGCGCGACGGGCAGGGCAUAUCCGAGACACCUCGCGGCAGCCCCGCCCUCCCUGCCGCGGAGGGGCCGGCAGAGGCCCCCGGGCCUCUUCCGUUCCGAUCCGGUCGAUCCGACUCGAUCUCGGCUCCAGCCAGCCCGCUUCGAUUCGAUGCCGACUUCCGGGAGCCAGGGCGCGGCGAACGAGGGCGAGGGCAGGCUUGCGACGGCUCGAAGGCGGGAGGUCUUCGGGCGUCUCCGUCGGGCCUCGGAGGCAUAGCCCAGCUCGGGAGGGAUGCCGGCAGCUGCGCCUCGCCGAGAGCGUGCCGGGGCUGCCCGGAUCGUCCCGGACGGCCGCGCGAUGGCCCGAAGACCGAUGAGGCCCAGGGAGAGGGCCCCGCGUCUGCACGGCGUUGUUGUGCAUCCUGGCGCCGCCGAUUCGAUUCGAUGCACGCUCCGGUCCGCGCCGGCUUCCCAAUGCGAGGCUGCUUGUCCUUGGGCGCGGGGCCGAGGAGAUGGCCAGCCUAG